AGAAAUUAAACGUAAAACAAGAUCUCUCUCUCUUCUCACCAAAAACACAAUCCUAAUCGAUUUUGUUUAUUCACUUCAAUCCAAAUUUGCACUUCUCAUCAUGAUUUUGCUGAGUCUGUCCUACUAGAAGCUCUUCUUUUUCUCUUCUGAAACCCACCCAUACUUACCAAAUCAAUUCUUCAAUGGCUCUAAUGCAUCACACCAUUUCCUUGUCGACGCUGGUUGGAUGAAUUCUUUGGUUGAAGCACAAAAACCCCAUGUCAAAGAAUUUGUUUCCAGGAUCAAGACUGAGUCAAAGUUAAGCCUGGACUCUCCUCAACACGCUGUGUUUGUUCUUGAUAAUUUUGUUACAGGAAUGAAUGGUUUAUGAUGAAUCCCUACAUGAAUUGUUCAAAUUUGACUUGUAAGUUUGAUGGAGGUUUAUAACAAGCAUGAUCAACAAGAAAAAGAGACAAGGACGUGGUCAUUGUGGUCAUAAUAUAGCAAGCAAUCUUAUUGAACAUCGAAGCCUUCAGUGGUAAUGGUGGUUUCAGAUUCAGCCCCAAAAUAACAUCGUCAUUUCCAAACCGAUCAAGGACAUUCCCGUCAUUUCACCCUCACCCCUCGCUACUUCAGGGAAAAACCAGCAGUCAAAAAGAAAUCGGCGGCGUUGGAUGUGGUGGCGGAAGCAGCGGAGGUGGUGGUGGAGAGAGUUCAGAGGCGGCAGUGAUAGCGAACGAUCAGUUAUUACUGUACAGAGGACUAAAGAAGCCAAAGAAAGAGAGAGGAUGCACUGCAAAAGAACGUAUUAGCAAGAUGCCUCCUUGCACUGCUGGUAAACGUAGCUCUAUUUACCGUGGUGUCACCAGGCAUAGAUGGACUGGUCGAUAUGAAGCUCAUCUUUGGGAUAAGAGUACAUGGAACCAGAAUCAGAAUAAGAAGGGAAAGCAAGUAUACUUGGGGGCAUAUGAUGAUGAGGAAGCUGCAGCUAGGGCAUACGAUCUUGCUGCUUUAAAAUAUUGGGGCCCUGGAACGCUCAUUAAUUUUCCAGUUACUGAUUAUAAGAGAGAUCUUGAAGAAAUGCAAAAUGUCUCAAGGGAAGAGUAUCUGGCAUCUCUUCGGAGAAAGAGCAGUGGUUUUUCAAGAGGGCUCUCGAAGUACCGUGCACUAUCUAGUCGAUGGGACUCAUCUUGUAGUCGUAUGCCUGGAUCUGAAUACUGCAGUAGUGUAAACUAUGGUGCAGGUGAUGAUCACGCAGCCGAAAGUGAAUAUGGUGGCAGUUUUUGUAUUGAGAGAAAGAUAGAUCUGACAGGCUAUAUUAAAUGGUGGAAUUCCCACAGCACUCGUCAAGUGGAAUCCAUCAUGAAGUCAUCAGAAGAUACUAAACAUGGCUGUCCUGACGACAUUGGCAGUGAACUUAAAACGUCAGAACGAGAAGUAAAGUGUACCCAGCCAUACCAGAUGCCUCAUUUAGGCUUAUCUGUUGAAGGAAAAGGGCAUACACGUUCUACAAUAUCUGCCUUGAGCAUUUUGUCACAAUCAGCUGCUUACAAGAGCUUACAAGAGAAGGCAUCAAAAAAGCAAGAAACCAGCACUGAAAAUGAUGAGAAUGAAAACAAAAAUACUGUCAACAAAAUGGACCGUGGCAAAGCAGUAGAGAAGUCCACAAGUCAUGAUGGCUGUAGUGAGAGGCUGGGAGCUACAUUAGGAAUAACUGGGGGAUUGUCUCUUCAAAGAAAUGUGUACCCAUCGACUCCUUUCUUGUCUGCUCCUCUUCUGACCAACUACAACACAAUCGAUCCCUUAGUUGACCCCAUUCUUUGGACAUCUCUUGUUCCUGCUCUUCCUACUGGACUUUCUCGAAAUCCUGAGGUCACAAAGACUGAGACCAGUUCAACUUAUAGCUUCUUUCGGCCAGAGGAGUGAUGGUGUCUCCCCUUUCAUUCCGCAUUUUACCAAAAGACAUAUUUUCCUUUUAAUCGGGAAAAGAAGGAGCAGAAAUUAGGGAGAUUUUAGCAUCAGAUCCCUGAGACAGCCAGAGGUUCCUUGUAACCUGUGAAAAAUGCAGAUAUUUGGAAGAUUUCAGUGUGGCAAAUCCAAGGAAAAGUUUCCUCUUUUCCUUUUGAGAUGAGGCUUCUACUUCUUUUCAGCAGGUUUGUUAUACGUUCCAGAAAAUAUACAAAGGAAAAUACUAAUGUAUAUGUACAUUAAUUAUAUGUAGAAUUUCUGAAGAUGUACUACACGAAGUUUCAUAAUAUGUAAAUUAAAUUUGUGCCAUAAAGUUGGAAACUUGGAUGCGCAGAAUUUUAUUAUCGAGGACUCAGGAGGGAAAAAUGACAUUUUUUGCA